CUAUUAUUAUUAUUCCAAAUUUCCAAGUGGAAAUUUUGUAGGUUAUGCAAUUUUAGUUGUGUGAAUUUGAUGUUUGAUUAUAACUAAUAGUAUUAGUCUCAAUCUUAAACUUAUUUCAUUCACUCUUGUUGAAUUUAUGAUCCUAUGAUAAAAUAAUUCCCAUAGGUUGUGCAUAUUUUUUUAAGAUCGAGUGUGCAGUGUUGUUUAAAAACUUGGAAUUAGGCUAGGUGCUUGGCAAACAUUACUAGAUCUUUAAUAUUGGUGUAUUUGUUUAUUUGAGUUUGAUAUUGAAAUGUCUUAUCAAAAAAGUGUUGCUUUAGCAUCUCUCACCGCUACUUAUACAGAUUCAGAAGCUGAAGAAGAACCUAAUGAUCAUGAACUUGAAUUCGAAACUACUAUUUCAUCUGACGAUGAGAAGGAAAACUCCAGACAUACACCUCCUUCCGUAUAUCCUACAACCACGUCUGCAAAUCACAAAAUGGCUCGUUUAGUAUCUUACGGCAAUGAUGAUCUUGUUGUUUCUGAAGAGGAAACGGGACAAGAUGGUGACACAUCAAAACCUGAAGAAGAAGAAGAACCUAUUCCAAUUGAUGAACAUGAUGUUCAGCUUCCGCCAGAACCCACUGGACGAUGUUCUAAUGAGCUUCAAGAUAAAAUUGCCAGACUUCAUGAAAAAAUGCAAAAUAAUGGUCUUGAUAUGAAUACUAUAAUACAACAACGCAAAGACUUUAGGAACCCUAGUAUCUACGAGAAACUGAUCCAAUUCUGUAGUAUCAAUGAGUUUGGAACAAAUUAUCCAUUAGAAGUCUAUGACCCCUUCAGUUGGAGUAAAGUGUCCUAUUAUGAAGAACUGGAAAAAGUGCAAAGAGCUGAAAUGACUAGGAGAGAAAAAGAAAGAAAAGAGAAAACUAAGGUGGAGUUCGUGAGUGGAACGGCGAAGCGGGGAGGCAGCAGUGCCGGCUCGGGGGCGGAGGAUGACCUGAAAAAGAGGAAGUCGAAGUGGGAUCAGGUGGGGAGUGGUCAGAUGGGCUCCGUGCCUAGGGUGCAAAGUGCGAGCCUCGUUCAGCCGGCUUCACUCACCACCAGUGCCACCGGCACUAAAAGCACUGUCAUCUCUGCGUUCGGAUCACUACCCAAGAAACCACGAGCGUAGUUGACUGUUGGUGAUGCACUGAUUGAUUUUACACAAUAUAAGUGAUAUCUGAUAUUGGACCCCUUUCAUAGAUUCUAUGAGGAAUCCGGUAUUUAUCAAGAAAUGGAAAAUGUAAGUAACCCUUUUUAAAAACUUUUAAGCGUCAAUGGCAUCAAUUUUGAAACCUGUUGUGCAUUAAACGUUUUUAAAAAGGGUACUUAGAUUUUUUAUUUCUUGAUAAAUAAAAAGGUUUACUCGGUAUUUGUACGUUCUAUCCAUUGAAUGGCUAGAAUACAUUCACCAAUCAUGAAGUAAGUGAUGCUUGGGAACCCCUUAGAUAGAUUUUGUGAGAUACUCUGUAUUCAUUUCUACCUUCUAUCAUAGGAAAAAGAUAGCAUAAGAUGAUAUCCCAUGUUAUAGGAUGUAUUUAUUCCAAAUUUCAAUGUUAAGCCGAUAAUCCUAGUAGUUCUUGAUGUGAUGCUGGUAGUCUCUCAUACUGUGCUGUUCUUUCCAAGAUCUGUAGAAAGGUUUCUAUAGACCUUGGUCCUUACACUCUCACCCGGAAAAUAGACAGUAGUCGACAGUAAUUGGCUUGAGUUAACAAAAAACGGGCUUCAAAUUUGGAAGAAGAUAUCCCAUUGUAUUGGGCGGUUAUGUUCAAAAUUUCAAGCCGAUUUUCUGUUAACUCAAGCAAAUUACUGUCAAAUAUUACUGUUUUGGUCGGGUGAGAGUGUUAUAACAGCACAGUAUGAGAGACUACAAUGUCACAGAGCUUCACGAAAAAGAACUCUUCUUCUUCAUGUGCCGUCUCCAUGGCGGAGGUUGGCUAUAAUGAUGGCAAUUUUCACACUGCUUACAGCCGACUUGAAAAGUUAAUUUGAGGUGCACUUGAACCAAUCCCUUGAAUUGCGCAACCAAGAUAUCCUUCUUCGCCCCACUGACCUCCAACCUGUUAUUUUGCCUUGCAUAAUGAUAUGCAAUAUUUCAUACUUGUGUCCUCUCAUUAUGUGACCCAGGUACCUUAAUUUGUGCUCUUUGAUUUCACCAAUGAGUUGCAGUUUCCUACCCAUUCUCCUGAGAGAAUUUGUAACAUGAUCGGUGUAUGACAUUCUCAGCAUUCUGCGAUAGGUCCACAUCUCAAAGGCUUGUAUUUUCUUCUCACCCCAUCUAUUUAAUGUACAUGCUUCCACACCAUAUAAUAGUACAGGAAACACGAAACAUUUAAGGAGACGCAUUCGUAAUUCAAGCUUGAUGUCUCUUGAUGUCAGUAAAUUCUUGAUCCUGAUAAAUGUGGAACGUGCUUUCUCUAUUCUUAUUCUGAGUUCUGAGCAGUUAUCAGCAUUGGAAGUUACCCGAGUCCCAAGGUACGUGUAGGAAUCCACCCGCUCCAAACGGAUUCCUUCAGCGAAUAGAUCCCCGAUAGAAGGUUGGUCUUUGGUGAUUAUCAUGUACUUUGCCUUUUUAGAAUUCAGACUCAAACCACCUUCUUUGCUUGCAGUAAUGACACUGUUCAGCAUCCUCUGGAGAUCUUCCAUAUUGUCUGCCAGCAGUACAGUGUCAUCUGCAUACCUUAGGUUGUUGAUAGGUGUGCCAUUAACUCUUAUACCUCCAGUCUCAUCUUCUAGGGCCUUGCUGAUGGUUAUUUCGGAAUAAAUGUUGAAAAGGAGUGGUGAAAGCACACAGCCCUGACGAACCCCUCGUUUGAAAAAGAACUACUAUGACUAUUGUCUUGAGUUGACAUUGAAAUUUGGAACAUAAACGUCCCAUACCAUGGGAUAUCUACUUAUGCUAUCUUUUCUCUAUGGUCGGGCUGAGUGGGUAAAGUCCAAUUAGAUAUCAUAGGAAUCAUAUUAUCACUGUGUCGAUUACAUUCACUGAUACAGAUAUGUGGAAAUCCAGCUUUAUUCUAUAGGUUUUCAAUCAUGAACUGAGUGAUAUUUGGUGAACGAUGGACCCCUUUGAUAGAUUUUAUAAGGAACUCUGUAUUCAAUGUAUUCAUUGAAUAACUCGAAUAUAUUAAAGCUGGACUCCACAUAUCAGUAUCAUGGAUUUAUGAAAGAUUUUUUUAAUAUAUUAUCAAAGAACUAUCAGAACUUAAUUUUUCGUAUCUUACAUUAAGAAUUGAAAAGUGAUUAUAAUUUGUAGAUGAUGACAACUAAUAUUUUCAAUAAUUAUCCUUCGUUUUGUUUGAUUUUGUGUUCCGUUUGCUUGAAAAUAGCCGACACUCAUUCCAGUUCUGGUUCAUACUGUUCAGAUUUCUGAUGUGAUGUUAGUGAUAUUAAUAUAAUAUACGUUAUUUUUUAAUA